GGGGAGCCGUUGGCCGCUCUGUACCCUGCGCAGGGGAGGCGGAUCCUCUGGCUGUGAGACCCGCGAGAAGCAGCGUGCCGGCGAUUGGCGGGUUCGAAGCGGGGGGCGGGGGAGAGCCGGGCUCCUGCCCCGCGAGCAGGAGCGACCGCGGCCCCUCCGAGGCGGGGGUGGGGUUUCGUUGCAAGCGCGGCCGCGGCGGCUGCAGGCGGGCCGGGGUUGAGAAACGCAGCUGAAUGGAGAUAAAAGGGCCACAGAUGCAAGAACUCGGGGACACGUUUCUGAAAGUUUAAGCUGGGUCCGACACUGACAUCCUUUCCUUAUUAAUAAAGAAGAGUGUUUCAAAUGGAACUUAGGAUGUAUUAACUUCAACUUAUUAAAAUACUAACUGGAAUAAUGUUUCGGAACAAUUCUCCAUAAUAAAGUGCUUGUCCUGCCUGCAGAACACUUAAUAAUUUUCUCUACUGGUAAUGCAACUCAAUGGAGGAAAGUAAUUUAUUGAUAAGCAUGCGUGAUGAUCAGUCAUUUCAUAUUCGCUACAGAAUGGAGGCUUCUUGCUUAGAGCUGGCCUUGGAAGGGGAGCGGCUGUGUAAAGCAGGAGACUGUCAAGCAGGCGUAUCUUUCUUUGAAGCUGCUGUUCAGGUUGGAACUGAAGAUUUAAAAACACUCAGUGCUAUUUACAGCCAGCUUGGCAAUGCCUAUUUUUACUUGCAUGAGUAUACAAAAGCCUUGGAAUACCACCAUCAUGAUUUAACCCUUGCAAGGACGAUUGGAGACCUACUAGGUGAAGCUAAAGCUAGUGGUAAUCUGGGGAACACCUUAAAAGUGCUUGGGAAUUUUGAAGAAGCUAUUGUUUGCUGUCAGAGGCACUUAGAUAUUUCCCAAGAACUUAAUGACAAGGUUGGAGAAGCCAGAGCACUUUAUAAUCUGGGAAAUGUGCAUCAUUCCAAAGGGAAAAAUGUAGCCUGUGCUGGGACUCAUGAUCCAGGAGAACUUCCCGAUGAUGUAAAGGCUGCAUUACAAAAAGCUGCAGAUUAUUAUGAGGAAAACCUGACUAUAGUGACAGAGCUGGGUGACAGAGCAGCCCAGGGACGUGCCUAUGGAAAUCUGGGUAAUACGCACUAUCUUCUGGGCAACUUUAGGAGUGCUGUCAUAGCCCACGAACAGCGUCUCCUAAUUGCAAAAGAAUUUGGUGAUAGAGCAGCUGAAAGAAGAGCAUACAGCAAUCUUGGAAAUGCAUAUAUAUUCCUGGGGGAAUUUGAAACUGCUUCUGAAUACUACAAGAAGACGUUACAACUGGCUCGACAACUUAAGGACAGAGCUGUAGAAGCACAGGCUUGUUACAGCCUUGGAAAUACAUAUACUUUGCUCCAAGACUAUGAAAAGGCAAUUGACUAUCAUCUGAAACACCUUACAAUUGCUCAGGAGCUGAAUGAUAGAAUCGGUGAAGGAAGAGCAUGUUGGAGUUUAGGAAAUGCAUACACGGCAUUGGGAAAUCAUGACCAAGCUAUGCAUUUUGCAGAAAAACACUUGGAAAUUUCAAGAGAGGUAGGGGAUAGAAGUGGAGAAUUAACAGCAAGACUUAACCUCUCAGACCUUCAAAUGGUGCUUGGUCUGAGCUAUAGUACAAAUAAUUCCAUGAUGUCGGAAAGCCAUGCUGUAGAUGCUAGCUUGAAUGGUACUAAGCCUAGGGUAGGACGCCGUCACAGUAUGGAAAACAUGGAGCUUAUGAAAUUAACACCUGAAAAGGUUCAGAACUGGAACAGUGAAAUUCUUGCUAAACAAAAGCCCCUGAUUGCCAAACCUUCAGGAAAAUUGCACUUUGUAAAUAGACUAAAAGGCAAAAAAUACAAAAACGGCACCUCUUCCAAAGUUCUGCAGGAUGCCAGUAAUUCAAUCGAUCACCGACUUCCAAACUCUCAGAGGAAAAACAGCCCUGACAUGAUUAGAGACGAAGGGUUUUUUGACUUGCUGAGCCGAUUUCAGAGUAACAGGAUGGACGACCAGAGGUGCUAUUUCCAGGAGAAGAACAGACUGACAGCAGCUGCAGCAACAUCAACUUCCUCUACUCCAGUCAAAACAAUGAGAAAAUCUUUUUCUACUUCCAUGGUCUCACCGCACACUGAUGAAUUCUUAGACUUACUUGCUAGCUCUCAGAGCCGCCGCCUAGAUGAUCAGCGGGCCAGCUUUAACAAUCUACCCGGCCUUCGCCUGAAUCAUCAUAACAGUCAGUCUGUCCUUGGACACCUGAUGGCAAGCAGUAACAGAGAGCCAGAUGAUGAUUUUUUUGAUAUCCUAAUAAAAUGUCAAGGUUCCAGAUUAGAUGAUCAAAGAUGUGCUCCGCCCCCUGCUGCUACAAAGGGCCCCACUGUACCUGAUGAGGAUUUCUUCAGUCUUAUUUUGCGGUCACAGGCUAAGAGAAUGGAUGAGCAGAGAGUCCUUUUGCCUUCCAAUAUAAACAGACCAAGUUCUAACUGAAAGACUUAUUAAAGCAAAGCUAUCAGGGGUUUAUUGUGUACUGUAACUUUUCAAUACAUUUCCUUUCUUGUGCAGGGAAAACUAUAUGCCUUUUAAGGGUGUGUAUAUAUAGCACUAACAGUUGGCUAGCCAAUUCAAAGCAUAUUGUGUAAAUACUUUUUUUUUUUUUUUUUUUUAUUACAGUUGUAGUAAAUUGACAGUUCUAUACUUUGCAAUGUGGUCUGCAACAGGUACAGUUGUGACCACUACCUGAGAUUAAGGGCAUUUAUACAUGUGGUCCAGAAGGGUGGGGAAGGAGGAGGAUGUGCUUUAAUUAGGGUGGCUCCAAGAGCUGCUCCAAUUAAAGCACCAGGAGCAUCUCAUGUAUCAGUGUCCCUGUACUUAAAAAUGGCAGUAGGAGCGCAUUAGAGAAAACCAGCAGGGAUGCUCUAAGUGUAGGGAUGCUGAUAUAAAAGAUGCUGGAGUGUGGUAAUCAUGCUCCAGCAGACUCAAUUAAUCAAGUCUGUUCUGAUGCUCUGUAAUUACAGUGCCUCAGAGCAGCCUUGCUGCUCAUGUGUAGGCACCCUAAGUGUUUAGCAGCAGCUUUUAGCAGUGCUUUUGUAAAUGAACUGGACAAGUCACUGGUAGUACACAUCAUCCCCUCAACUGGCUUCAGUUAGCGGAGAUUUUACUCCAUAGGACUUGUAUUAAAGGUACUUUGUCAUAAUUAGGUAGAGUUUUAAUCACCUAAAAUAAUAGUAUGUAGCUGAGAAAGUUUGUAUAUCCUUUAAAACAAAUUCUAAUUUGUACUUCUGAUCUUUCCAGGAAAGAUCAAUUAGUUCUUGGCACUGUUCUUUUAUACAAGUUUUUGUGUUGUUUUUGUGUUUUUUUUUAAAGGAAACCCUUGAGGAAUAAAGUCACCUCACUUUGA